GCACAGCGCGCCGGCCAAAGCUAAGCGACUGCCUCACUCAUGUCAAACACACUCAGGCCUUACCUCGCAUGCGUGCGAUCGACGCUCACAGCAGCACUAUCCGUCGAGAACUUUGCCUCACAGAACGUCGAGAGGCACAAUGUGGCAGAGAUAGAAUCUGGCAAGACGCCUGAGAUCUUGCUGACGCCGCUGCUCAUCUCGCGUAACGCGUCUGAGCAAGUGCUCAUUGAGGCAUCCAUCAAUUCCGUCAGGCUCAGUAUACGCAUCAAGCAAGCCGACGAGAUAGAGCGCAUACUCUCCCAUCAAUUCACGCGCUUCUUGAUGAUGAGAGCAGAGAACUUUGUCGUUUUGCGUAGGAAGCCAAUACAAGGCUUCGAUAUCUCCUUCCUCAUCACGCACCGCAACGCAGAAGAAAUGCUCAAGCACAAGCUCGUCGACUUCGUCAUCCAGUUCAUGGAAGAUGUCGACAAGGAGAUCAGUGAAAUGAAGCUCUCGCUCAAUGCAAGAGCACGUAUCGUCGCAGAGUCCUACCUCUCAACCUUUAUCUGACGGAGAGACUCCAAAAGCUAUCUGUUGUUGUACAAUCACACGAGCCCUCAAGACCGCG